AAAAUAGACACACAUCUCAAUACAUAAUAGUUCCAUUUUAAUUACAAAAAUGAAUUAUAUUAUAAUGAUACGGUACAUAUGAUUGAACGAUUGAGUCAACCAUGAUAUACGUAGUGUUUAUUUAAUUUAUUGAUAUGAAUGCAAAUGCACACGAGAAACAAAUAAUAGUCACGAAUACCGCUAGGCAAAUAUACUUAGGACGAUGUUACGUCGAUCUUAGAGUUAGCAUUUUAAGACUGGAUGAUGGAUGCAAUGCACACUGUUACAUAGUGCUGAAGGAAAAAAGGAUGCUGCGUACAUUAGGACUUAUGAUAGGCCUGCUUACUUUAGGAGCAGAGAGGGUUAAUUGCCAAGAAAAACCUUGUGCAAAAAGCGGAGAAAAUGGAGACAUCGAAGCUGAUGACAAUACAUAUUAUUGCAUGGCUACAGUUAAUAACCAACCUAGCCCUUACACACGAUGCUGCUGGACAGACCGACCUGUAAACAGUGCAGGCGUCUAUGACCCGAAUGGUAAAACAUAUUCAUGUUGUAAGGAAAAGGACGAGGCUAAAAAAGAAAUGUAGGUACCAUAAAAUAAUGCGUCCUCAGAUCAGUACAGCACUACUCUAUAUAGGCAACGCUCCAAACGGAAAUCUUUUUGCUAAGCGCCGUUUUAAAAUAAGAGCCGUUUGGCG